AUGAUCAUUAAGGGUUACAUCAUAGGCAGUCGUGGAUCCUUGAUUGUAGAUAUCAAUGGAGACAUAGACACGUUCAGAACAACCCACUGCUUGCAAUUUAAUAUUGUGAAAAUGGUGAAAUCUCCGGAAACAGAGCAUCCUCUCAAGGCUGUUGGAUGGGCUACAAGAGACUGGAAUUUUUUUUUACCUUUCAAAUUCUCUAGAAAGGCGACCGAAGAGCAUGAUGUGAAGUUCAAAGUGUUGUAUUGUGGGGUCUUUCAUUCGGAUCUUCAUAUAACCAAGAAUGAAUGGGGCUUCACUCAGUAUCCCCUUGUUCCCGGCCACGAGAUUGUGGGUCAAGUAACUGAGGUUGGCAGCAAGGUGGAGGCAGAGACACGUUCAGAGCCGGAUUUGAGCCUGGUGAGCUUGGCUUUCUUAUGGGCAAGUAUGAAUGGGCCUUCUGAGCUGGCAAUCGUCGACGAGGCCAACAACAAAGCCACCACGACAUAG